CCCUCUUUUCUUCACAGAUGGAACUGAAGAUUGCAGCCAUGGAACACCUGGUGUUACUUGCAGCAGUUUUCCAUGCACUGUCCCUGUCAGAUGCAUUUCAUAUUGUUGGUGGUCAUGAGGCCAAAGCACACUCCAGACCCUACAUGGCAUCCCUACAGAUUGGUGGAAGCAGUGAAUGUGGAGGUGCUCUAAUUCACCGUAAAUGGGUACUAACUGCAGCCCAUUGCAUGGAGGACAUACCUGUGGAUUUAGUGCGUGUUGUACUCGGUGCACAUGACUUGCAUGCUCCAGACAGGUAUGUGCAGGUGUUCAGUGUACAGGAGUCAAUCCAGCACCCAGAAUAUAACCCCAACACUUUCCAGGGAGACAUUCAACUGCUUAAGUUGAACGACUCAGCUUUUAUUUCCCCCUAUGUGCGGACAAUUAAGCUUCCUCGUGCCAACUCAGACUUGGAACCCAACACCUCUUGCUCAGUGGCUGGGUGGGGUUAUGUGUCUGAUUUUGGUGCUGAAGCCAAGGCAUUGAUGGAGACAGAUGUGGAUGUAAUCAGUCGUGUGGCCUGUAAUGUAUCCUGGAAUUGGGUCAUCUUGGAAAGCAUGCUAUGUGCAGCCAGUCCCAGGCAGAGGGCCAAAGGUUUUUGUUCUGGUGACUCUGGGGGACCUCUUGUGUGCAGGGACAGUGUGGAAGGUGUGGUCUCUUUUUCUGGAAUACGCUGUGGGAAUCCAUCAACCCCUGAUGUAUAUACACGUGUGGCAUCCUUCGUGUCAUGGAUCCAGAAUGUGAUAAGAAGCAAUCAGUUGACAGAACAGGUCAAGAAGAAGUAUAACUAAUCAGAAGCAAAACCAAUAUGAUGAAGUAUUCCAGAAUGUUCCAGAAUUAAAUUGAUUUUAACUGAAGUUAAACUUGUCUGUUGUCAAACACACGGCAUGCGCAUCUGCCUGAAAACUAAAUAAGUGGCUUUUUUCUGUUAAAAAAAUGGGCAUGGCUGCUAUUUUAGACUUAGCGUAUAUACCAGUUGGAUAUUUUGGUUUUUACUAAAAUCUAUCCUCACCUUGU